UUCCCUAAAUCAUCAAGAAAAUGGAGUCGCACACCACACGACAUGGAAGAUCGAAGCUAUCUCAAUCGAUAACAUGCUAAUAUCCACUUACAGAAGUUAAAGAAAGAAAAAGAAAAUAUCAAUGGGAGCUAGAUUGAGUUUAAACAACCACAAAACGAGCCGGAGUGAGCAACUCGAUGCCUCUCAAAAUGAGGCAUGUAAGAGACGAAAGAAAUCUACUAGUUUCUGGGAAGAAAAUACCCGAUUGAUUCCUAGUCUUCCCGACGAAAUAUCGAUUCAGAUUCUCGCCAGGCUGCCAAGGAUGUAUCAUUUCAAUGCAAAACUCGUUUCGAGGACAUGGAAAUCCACUCUAACGAGCGUAGAGUAUUACAAGCUGAGGAAAGAACUCGGCACAACAGAGGAAUGGCUAUACGUAUUGACCAAGCUCGACGGUGAAAAGCUCGUGUGGCAUGCGAUGGACCCCGUUUCUUGUAUAUGGCAGCGUUUGCCGUUGAUGCCAAAUAUUGCUUCUGAAGACGGAAUCAGGAGAGGAUUAUCCGGUUUUCGACUGUGGAAUCUUGCCAUUAGGGGCUUGUUUGGGAGGAGAGACGCGUUGGAAGAAAUCCCGUUUUGUGGCUGUGCCAUCUCAUCCGUUGACAGCUGUCUCUACGUCAUUGGUGGGUUCUGCAGGGCUUCAGCCAUGAACGCCACCUGGCGCUACGAUCCAGUUUCGAACGCUUGGAGCGAAGUGGCCCCCAUGUCCAUUAACAGAGCCUAUUGUAAAACGGGUGUGUUGAACAACAAGCUCUACGUUGUGGGGGGUGUUACGCGGGGGAGGGGGGCGCUGGCCCCCCUCCAGUCGGCGGAGGUUUUCGACCCCCGUUCGGGUGUGUGGACGGAGUUACCCAGCAUGCCGUUUUUGAAAGCGCAGGUUCUACCUACCGCCUUUCUUACCGAUCUUCUCAAACCUAUUGCAACUGGGAUGACAUCAUAUAGGGGGAAAUUAUACGUACCUCAAAGUUUGUAUUGCUGGCCGUUUUUCGUUGACGUUGGGGGUGAGGUUUAUGACCCGGAAACAAACUCGUGGGCGGAUAUGCCAGCUGGCAUGGGGGAGGGGUGGCCCGCGAAACAGGCGGGCACUAAGUUAAGUGCUGUUGUUGAUGAGGAAUUGUACGCUUUGGAUCCUUCGAGUUCGCUCGAUAGUGCUAGGAUCAAAGUUUACGAUCAAGAAGACGAUUCUUGGAAAACGAUUGAAGGAGAUGUGCCUGUUAGUGACCUGGCGGAUUCCGAGUCGCCGUAUUUGCUGGCCAGUUUUCUCGGGAAGUUGCAUGUGAUUACUAAAGAUGUGAAUCGUAAUAUAUUGGUUAUGCAGGCUGAUAGGAGGAACGAGGUUAAUCUUGACCCAUCUACUUCGUCGGAUAGUUUGGGGGAAUCUUUGGUGGAUCUUUCCGGAAAGGUAUCGGUGUCGGAAUCUUCGGGGAAUAUUUGGAAAGUUAUUGCUACUAGGAGUGCUGGAUCUGCAGAGCUGGUUAGCUGUCAGAUUCUUGAUAUCUAGCUUCUCUGCUGCAUGGAAAAGGUGAGUUAACGAGCGAUCGACGGGAUUUACGAUUAUUGUAUAGUCGGGUUUUAUUUGAGCAGUAAAUAUAUGUUGUUGAAAUGUUUGAUUUUUGUCCAUAUAAAUAAAUAUACUGUCUUGUUGAGAUGGAAAACUGAUAUGUUGCUUUUGAAUAUCUGGGAGAGUGUGUUGCUAUAUUCAUGGAUUUUUAUUUCUACU